AUGUCGUGGCAAGCGUACGUGGACGAACACUUGAUGUGUGACAUAGACGGCCAAGGCCAGCAUCUCUCCGCCGCUGCUAUCAUCGGCGAGGACGGCAGUGUCUGGGCUCAGAGCUCUUCCUUCCCUCAGUUUAAGCCUGAGGAGAUCAAUGGUAUCAUCACUGAUUUCAAUGAACCUGGUCACCUUGCCCCUACGGGCUUAUAUCUAGGCAGCUUAAAAUACAUGGUAAUCCAAGGAGAGCCUGGAGCUGUUAUUCGUGGAAAGAAGGGAGCAGGAGGUGUGACCAUCAAGAAGACUGGUCAAGCUCUAGUGUUCGGCAUAUAUGAGGAGCCUGUGACUCCUGGACAGUGCAACAUGGUUGUUGAGAGGUUGGGUGAUUACCUUAUUGAUCAGGGCCUGUAG